GUGUGCCAAAAAGGAAUCCAAAGACAUUUUAGGGCACAAGUUAAAUUAAUUUAUUAACUUAAUUAAUAAUGUAUCAGAACGGUAAACCCGUCUGAACGGAGGCCAUGAUGAUCUCGUUCGUGAAAAUCAGGUUGCCAGUGGAAUCGCUCUCCCAUUUAUUCCUCUGAAGCUGAUUUUGGGGCACGGUGAAAAGGGGCCCGAGGCCUAGAUGCCGCCCUGGCGGCACCCCAGCCAGGAUGCUCAGCCUGGAGCAGGAAGUGGGGGCUUGGGAUGCUGUUCUGCUUGAGCCCUUGACCGAAGACACGUUUGUGUCUAACUUGCAGCAGCGUUUCAAGAGGGAUCACAUCUACACCUAUAUCGGGAAUGUGCUCAUCUCGGUCAAUCCCUACAAAAAGUUGGCACUCUAUUCUGCCGAUUUGGUCGAGAGUUAUGUUAAAAGGGGGCCUUUUCAGUUGCCACCACAUAUAUAUGCCAUUGCUGGAUCAGCUUAUAGAUGGUUGAAUGAUAGAAAUGAAGACCAGUGUGUAGUUGUAACAGGGGAGAGUGGAUCAGGUAAGACUGAAGCUGCUAGGAUAGUUCUUCAGUUUUUAGUACUGGUAUCUGGAGACUGUCUUGAGACCAAGCUGGUUAAAGAUCAUCUGGUGCAAGCAAAUACUUUGUUAGAAGCUUUUGGAAAUGCCAAAACCAUGAAAAAUGACAAUGCUUCAAGAUUUGGAAAAUUUCUUGAUAUAGAAUUCGAUUUCAAGGGUGAUCCAACAGGUGGUCAUUUGGUUCAUUUCGAGGGUAACCAGUUUGGCAACAGGCGAUAGAAACUUCCACAUUUUCUACCAACUUUUGACCGGUGCCGAUAUCCAUCUACUGAAAAGUCUGAAAUUGCAACGUAAUGUCGAUCACUAUGCCAUUUUACACGCUCAAGGCAAUCAUCCUGUAUGCACAGAAGACGACGACAGAAAGCUUUUCUUGUACACGAAAAGUGCUUUAGAAUUGUUGGGCUUCGCGAACAGCGAAAUUGUAGAUAUUUUUCGCGUUAUAGCGAUCAUUCUGAAAUUAGGGAACUUACAGUACGUGCCUUGUAAUAACAUAGAUGGUACUGAAGGAUGUUCUGUAAGCAACGAUUAUGAGUUGUUUGAGGUUUGUGAGUUAUUGGGCAUCGAACACAGGUGGUUACAAAGAGCUUUGACAACCCAACAGUUUGAUGAUGGAAUAAUAACUGACCUGAGUGCAACAGAUGCUGCAAGAAUCAGAGAUAUUUUGUGUCGAUCUUUGUACAGCCGUCUGUUUACGUGGUUGAUAUGUAAAAUCAAUGACGUCAUCAAGGCGAAAUCUUUGGGAAAGAAGAAAGUUCUGGGAGUUUUGGAUUUCUAUGGUUUCGAGAUUUUCGAUGACAACAGCUUCGAACAACUCAUGAUAAAUUACUGUAAUGAGAAACUGCAUCAGUUUAUCAUAGCGUCAACAGUGAAAGAGGAACAAGAGGAAAUUAUAAAAGAAGGUCUAGAAUGGACAAAAGUAGAAUAUUUCAAUAAUAUAGUGAUUUGUCAAUUGUUAGAACAUGCCGGCCACGGCAUACUGUCUUUGUUAGAAGAACCUCGUGUUCAAACUGAUGCUGCAUACCUUACGAGAGUGGAGCAAUGUUGUGCUGGUCACUCUCAUUGUUUAGCAGCAGACUCAACACUGCCAUUUCGUUGUUUUCAAAUUAGACAUUAUGCUGGAACUGUGACCUACCAAGUGGACGAAUUCAUUGAAAAAAACAGAGACAGCCUGCCUAGGGAAAUUUCUCGGGCUUUGUAUCGUUGUGAUAAUUCGACGAUGCAAGCCUUGUUUCCUGAAGGCAACCCGAAAAGGUGCAACCCUAAAAGGCCUGUCUCCAAAUCCUUUCAACUGCAGGUGUCCUUGAACUCCCUCUUGAAGGUUCUCGGCAACAGACAGGCGCAUUACAUCAGGUGUCUCAAGCCUAAUGAGUUGAAGCAGCCUAGAAUAUUCGAAAUGUCGCUCAUACAACACCAGGUCCGCUAUCUCGGUCUGUUGCCGGUAGUCCAAGUGUGGCGUUCCGGGUACUGCUACCGUCUGCCCUACGUCCAAUUCUUAGCCCGCUACAAGAUGAUAUGCAGCAACACGUGGCCCCGGUGGCGGGGAUCUCCCAUCGAAGGGGUCUCGGUUCUGCUCAGGUUCCUGCCUAUUCCAAGUGCUGAAUUCACCUUCGGCAGGAGCAAGCUGUUCGUCAGGAGCCCAAGGACGGUGUUCGAGCUGGAGGAUUUCCGGAAGGCUCGGCUGCAGGAUUUAGCCGUGCUAGUGCAGAAGACGUGGCGGGGCUACGAGGCAAAGAGGCGGUACCAGAGGAUGAGGCGCAGCCAGCUCGUCAUCGCGUCCGCUUGGAGGAGUUGGAGGGCAAGGGAAGAGUUCAGGAUAUUGAAGCACAGAAGGCAAGUGGAAUGGGCUACUCGAGUUAUCCAGAGGCACUACGUUCAAUGGAAGAGGAGGCAGUUUCUUCUGAACCUGUAUCGGAUGUUACCCGAAGACUCGGAAUCUCCAAUCUGUAGGGAUUGGCCGCACGUCAAUCAAAAAUUAGCGGAAUGCAGCAAUCUGUUGAGGAAAAUCCACCACCGUUGGAGGUGUCACAAGUUUCGAAUGAAAUUCGAUCAGACUGCGAGGAACAGGAUGCGGGAAAAAGUGACUGCUAGUUUCAUAUUCAAGGACAGGAAGUGUUCAUAUCCUAGAAGCGUAACUCAUCCAUUUCUUGGGGACUAUGUCCGUUUGCGACAAAAUGUACAGUGGAAGAAAAUGUGCUUGGAAAGUAAUGACCAAUACGUAGUGUUUGCAGAUAUAAUAAAUAAAAUAACUAGGUCUAGUGGAAAAUUUGUCCCGAUUCUUCUGGUCAUUUCUACGAGAUCAAUGUUAAUAUUGGACCAAAGGACGUUGCAAAUCAAAUAUAGAGUGCCUGCUACCGAGAUAUACAGGAUGUCCUUGUCCCCAUUUCUGGAUGAUAUUGCAGUCGUCCACGUCAGAGCGUCGUCGCUAGGCAAUCCGGAAACGUCGAGCGCCUCGUCUGACCAGACGAGCUGCCUGUUCCAGAGCGAUCUCAGCAAGAAGAAGGGAGAUUUCGUCUUCCAAACGGGGCACGUCAUCGAAAUAGUCACCAAGCUGUUCCUGGUCGUGCAGAACGCCACCGGCAAACCGCCCGAAGUCAACGUCACCACCGAAUUCGAGGCGAACUUCGGCUCCCAAACGGUGACGUUCACCUUCCAGUGCGGCCUGCCCGAGGUGCAGCCCGGACAAAUCCGGGUGCUGCGCAAAGGCAACAAGAUGGAGGUGCUCGUAUGACGUAUCGCUAAACAUAUCCUCGUCGUCGCCAGCGUCACUCACACACUGCCACCGUUAGUUGGAGAGAAUGAGUACGUGUUCGUUCGAUUGCACAAUUAUGUUUUUCUAUUCGGAUAUACCGGGUGACACAGGGUAUCGGGCCACCCCUGUAACUUCUGCUUUCGUCAUCGGAUUUUUCUGAAAUUCGGUACAGUUAUAUAAGCAAUUAUUUCGGAUUUGAUCACAAUACAAUCCAAUAUGGCGGACUUCCGGUAUUUCUGGAAAUGCCAGCAACUUUGUUUUUUCAAAUGAAACACCCUGUAUAUUUUUACAUAUUCAAGUUCAACAGGUCGAAACAAGUGCAAUCUUAAUUUCAAAUGUCAUUUUUUCGAAAAAAAUUAAAUUAAAAUUGUUUUUUCAUUUUACCUCGUGGAUAAAUGAGAUGUGGUCAAGACUAUUCACAAUGAGUCACACAUAACAGAAGAACAUGAUUUUUUCUGAAAAAUUAUUUUUUGUGUCACUUAUCCAGGAAUCAAUUCAGCCACAUCACUUUUUGAUCAAAAAUUAUUUUUUUUCAAAUGGAACCCCUAUGGGCCACCUACCCGUUUCUCUAGAACAUACAUUAAGGAACAAAAUGAAAUAUCAUUUUUGUUUUUCGGUGCAGUAACAAAUUGUAUACAUUCAAAAAUCAACAACUAAUUUAUGAAUUUCCUUGCAGUUAGAAUAAUA